AUGGACCCUGAGCCUCACAGAAUAAGGAUCUUAUCUUGGAACAUUGAUGGACUGGACAUGGGAAAUAUCAGAACCAGGGCCAAAGCUGUCUGUGAAAAUAUUAUGAGGGAGACCCCCGAUGUAGUAUUCCUUCAAGAGUUUGUCACUGAAAUGUCAGACAUCUUUGACAAGCACUGUGGUCCCAGCUACGAACGGUUCCAAGCAGCCAGUGAUGCUUACUACACAGCCAUGUUGCUGAAGAAACAGACAGUGAAAUGUACAGAGACCAAAGUGGUUCCUUUCUACACUAGUAGGAUGGGGAGGGCACUGCAGAGUGCACAGGCAGAAGUGAAAGGCAUUCCAAUGACACUGAUCACCAGUCACCUGGAGUCCACCAAAGAUCAUGCUGAAGAGAGAAAGAGGCAACUUACUGCAGCUUUUAGGGCUGUCAAUGAGGCAGAGGGCAGCAGGACUGUAGUGUUUGGUGGAGACUUGAACCUACGUGACCCAGAGCUUGCUGCCAUUGGCAGUCUCCCUGACAACAUAUAUGACCUCUGGGAGGUCACAGGAAAACGUAAAGAAGCCGCUUUCACCUGGGACCUUACACGCAAUGACAACUUGGAAUGGCAAGCACGCUUUAGACCAAAAUGUCGAUUUGACCGUUUGUACAUCAGACACAGCACUCCAAGGACGCAACUGAAGCCAGUUUACUUUGAGUUGACAGGACUUGAGAGAAUACCAGGAUGUAGGAGGUUCCCUAGCGACCACUGGGGUAUUCUGGCACACUUUGAUAAAGUGUAGUGACAGCUGGUUUCCUAGCAACCACUUGUUUUUCAGUGAAGGACAUACCGGUAACGUCAGCAGUGGAAAUCUGGUUUGUUUUACUUUGAUGCACUAGGUCUGAGAAAACAAAAACUUGUAAUUAAAGCUAGACGAUUACAGGGACCAAACAGCAAAGAAAUAUAAGAAAAUACUUUUGUAAAAAUAAGAAGUUCAAAGAAACAGAUUCAGUAGCAUUUAGUAAGAUAGCAUUUUUUUUAUUAAACUAUUACUUCUGAAUCGGCAAAAGGUAGAAUUAAAUGUAUAAAACAACUGUGUUUGGAAGUAAAUUUCUUAUACUGUUAUUUAGAUCAAGGUGUACAUGUACGAGACUCCCUACUAACAAGCUGUAACAGUAGGUAACUUUUUCAUCAUCAGAAAAUACAAAACUAAAACCAUU